UCAGUCUCCUCUCACUCGCGGUCUGAGCGUGACGCGUUCUCCUCCCCCUCUCCCCCUGUCGUCCGCGUGACACGAUCUAUACUCCGGAAUAUACAGGUUUGUCGUUUUAUAUAGUUUUUGUUACCGUAACAAAGUCGUUCACACUUUCUACUCCUUGUGCGGUGCGGUUUCUUAUCACAAAACAAAAAGGUUUUCUUCCAGUUUGGUUCUCACUAUCGACAUAUAGCACCAUGGGUAGCUCUCAUCUCAACUCACGACAUACAAGAUAGGAUGGAGACGCUAUGAGUGCGUGGUCCCUCUGGAGCUGGACCUUCCUGCUCCUUCCAGCCGUGCGCAGCGUGGGUCUGGACCUGCAGGGUCCAGGGUUUUUGAUAGAGCCGCCCUACAAGAUGGAGUUCUCCAACAGUUCAGGGGGAAGAUUGGACUGCACGGCCCACGGCAGUCCCCCGCCCAACAUGGAGUGGAUACAUGGUGACGGGUUGCCGGUAACACCGAUCCCCGAGCUGCGCCUGGUGUAUCCCAACGGCUCCCUGGUGUUCCUGCCGUUCGCCGCUGACCGCUACCGACACGACGUUCACACGGCUACCUACCGGUGUCGAGCCCGCAAUCAAGUCGGACAAGUCAUCAGCAGAGAUGUCCGCGUCAGAGCGGUGGUGAAGCAGAAGUACGAGGUGCAGGUGUACGAUGAGUACGUGAUCAGCGGGAACACGGCCGUGUUGAGGUGUCAGGUGCCCAGUUACGUAUCCGAGUAUAUCAUGGUGACGUCAUGGGUGCAGGAUGGCAUCAUCAACAUCUACCCUAACACCGAUACAGGAGGAAAACAUGCAGUGCUUGGAAACGGCGACCUUUACAUUUACAACGCAGGGCCAAGCGACGGGUAUAAGAGCUAUGCUUGCCGAACUGUACACAAGUUGACGGGGGAUGUCCACUCUAGUGCCUACCCUGGAAGGAUCAUCAUCACAGAGCCUAAAGGAAAUGUCCAGCCCAGAAUAACGGUGGAGAAACACAGUAGGAAGAUCGCGAAGAUCGGUGAUGACGUCACACUUCCUUGUGUAGCGCAGGGCUACCCAGUACCUACGUACAGGUGGUUCCGGGAGGAGCGGGAACAGCUAUCACCAGUUCCUCUGGGAGACCGCGUUUCGCUACUGUCUGCUGGCCUCCUCAGGAUAGCCAAGGUUCGUCUGGAUGACCGGGGCAAGUACCUCUGUUGGGUCAACAACUCGGCGGGGGAGGAGACUGUCCAACUUACGCUCACUGUCACAGCACCCCUGACGGCACACAUCCAGCCGCAGUCGCAGGUCGUGGACGUGGGCAAGCAGGCGAUGUUUCAGUGCAUACCCGGGGGUUCACCGGUCGCCAGGGUCUUCUGGUACCGCGACGGCCGCCCGCUGGUGUCCGAUGGGAGGGUGCAGAUACUGACGGGGCCAGAGAGGUUGGUGGUCUCCCCGCUCACCAAGGAGGAUCACGGGAUGUACCAGUGUUUCGUCAGCAACGACUGGGACAUGGCCCAAGCUACCGCGGAACUCCAUCUGGGCGAUGCGAGUCCAGAGCUGAUCUACUGGUUCUCGGAACAGACCCUACAGCCUGGCCCUGCAGUCUCCCUCAAGUGUGUAGCGACAGGCAACCCCCCUCCACAGUUCAUAUGGACCCUGGACGGCUUCCCUGUUCCUGACAACAGCAGGUUUCUGGUGGGGCAGUACGUGACUAUCCACGAUGACGUCAUUAGUCACGUGAACAUCUCCCACCUGAAGGAGGAGGACGGAGGCGAGUACACGUGCACUGCCAAGAACUCAGUGGCUCAUGUGUCUCAUAGCGCCAAAAUCAAUGUUUAUGGUCUUCCAUAUAUCCGGGAAAUGCCAAAGAUCACGGCCGUGGCAGGAAGCGACCUCGUCAUCAAGUGCCCAGUGGCAGGAUACCCCAUCGAGUCCAUAGUGUGGGAGCAAGACGGAAAUGUUCUGCCAGUAAACAGGCGGCAGCGGGUGUACGCUAACGGCACGCUGGUGGUGGAGCAGGCUCAGAGGCACGCUGACGCUGGAACGUACACGUGCCAGGCUCAGAACAGGCAGAGGAACUCUGCCAGGAGGGAUGUUGAGGUUCAGGUUAUAGUUCCACCGAAGAUCAUGCCGAUCCAGUCAAUGACGAAUCUGCUGCGUGAAGGCAUGAGGGCUGCGAUCUCCUGCCAGAUCUUGGAGGGCGAUCUUCCCAUCAACUUCCGGUGGGAGAGGGACGGCGGCAUGAGGGAGCUUGGAUUGGGAGCCUCGACUAGGAGAGUGGACGAGUAUUCUUCUUCCUUGGUGAUCGAAAGGGUCACCGCAGCUCAUACAGGGAACUAUACUUGUAUCGCUUCCAACGUCGCUGGCACGGAGAAAUUCACCGUACCUGUUACCGUUAACGUGCCCCCUCACUGGACCGUGGAACCAACGGAUGCCAACGUGGCCUCUGGGCAGGACGUGAUGCUGCACUGCCAGGCGGACGGAUAUCCUCUUCCGACCAUCCACUGGAAGAAAGCUGUCGGAGAGCACCCAGGAGAGUACAAGGACAUCCACUACGACUACGGCAGCGUCAAUGUCAACUACUAUAGCAACGGUUCUCUGGAGUUCCAGCACAUCAAUAAGGACAGCGAGGGCCACUACUUGUGUGAGGCUAAGAACGAAAUCGGCACCGGUGUUAGCAAGGUCAUCUUCCUCAAGGUCAACGCUCCGGCCCACUUCAUUCAGAAAUCAAAACAAGUUCAGGUAGAAAAGGGAGAUCAAGCACACCUGCAGUGUACCGCCCAAGGAGACAACCCGCUGGAAAUCAUUUGGAAGUCAGGUGGCCAGAGAUUAUCUGAAGACUUGGAUGCAAGGUAUUCAAUACGAGAGCAGGUGCUAGACGAUGGGUUCAUGUCGGAGCUAGGGAUCGCCCAGGCUUACCGUCACGACACCGGACUUCUCACGUGCAUAGCUAGCAACGCUUACGGGCAAGACGAGAUGACCAUCCAACUCAUCGUGCAAGAGGUGCCGGAAAUGCCGAAGAACAUUCGAGUAAACGAUCAACAAAGUAGGUCGUUGCAGCUGUCGUGGACACACCCCUAUGCCGGAAACAGCCCCGUUACCAGCUACGUGGUCCAGUACAAACUUGUUUCUGACAUGUGGCCAGUGCAACCUGCAAAGGUUGUUGUUCCUGGUUCCCAGACCUCGGCCACUGUUCAAAACCUCGCCCCUGCGCAAUCUUACCAUUUCCGGAUCCUGGCCGAAAAUCGUCUUGGCUCCAGCGACCCUAGUGAGGUCAUCCAGGUCACCACACAGGAAGAAGUGCCGAGCGGACCUCCCCACGAUGUCCGUGCCAAGGCGAAGAGUUCCACCGAGAUCUUCCUUUCGUGGAACCCUCCAGAUCGGGAGCUAUGGAACGGCAACCUGCAGGGUUACUACGUCAGCUACUCGGAGGCGCCCGAUCCUGCAGGAACUGCGGCCAGCUCGGCCACUGCGCCCACGGCAGGCGCCCAACCCACGGCCAACGUGAAGACAGUGGAAGUGGGCGCCCAGUAUGGUGGCGAGACGUUACUACAAGGGUUAGGGAUGUUUACCACAUACACGAUCACCGUGCAGCCCUUCAACAGCAGGGGUGCUGGGCCCGCUAGCCCACCUGUCACCGUGCGUACUUUGGAGGGAGUACCAACGAUGCCCCCGGAGCAAGUUUCGUGCUCAGCUCUGACGUCACAGAGCCUCCAGGUGUGGUGGGAACCUCCUCCAGCAGAGGGGAGGAACGGUCUGGUCCAGGGCUACAAAGUUUCUUAUCAGCCUGCAGAAGAUUGGUAUGAGAAGAACGAGGUGGAGACGAAAGUAACGAACGCUUUAAGAACGACUCUGCUGGGACUUCACAAGUAUACGAACUACAGCGUGGCUGUUCUCGCGUUCACACAGAGUGGGGAUGGAGUCAGAAGCGCACCAGUCUUCUGCCGGUCGGAGGAGGACGUACCAUCUCCUCCGGCGGACAUCAAAGUCGCGAUGAGCUCAGUCAACAAGAUUGUAGUGUCAUGGCUGCCACCGGACUUUAGAAAUGGGGAGUUGGUGGCGUACACCUUCUACAUGGGUAUCGUCGAGGAUGGUAAAGAAGAAGGAACUCACAAACGUAUCCUGAGUCCGACCAGUGAACUCCACGAGACUGUGAGGUUGCAGGAGAGUGCUACCUACCAGUUCUGGGUGACAGCCUCCACCAGAGUCGGCGAAGGCGACAGUACUAGAGUCGUAACUAUCUCUCCCUCCACUAAAGUUCCAGCAAGGAUCAUAUCGUUCAGCCGCCAAAUAAUCACGCCAUGGAAACAGAACCUGACACUUGUCUGCAAGAGAGUUGGAACUCCUCCACCCACGUCAACGUGGAAACUUCACGGGAAAGUGUUGCAAUCCAACGGUCGAUACCAGAUAAGUAAAGAGGGUACACUGCACAUCCGGGAUAUCCAGCACGCAGAUAGUGGAAACUACACAUGCUACGUGGAGAACACUCAUGGGAAGGAUGACAUCGUGUACACCAUCCAUGUCAGAGUUCCUCCCGACCCGCCCGCUUUAUCAGUGGUCAGUGCAGAAGCUGACAGUCUGCACCUGAAGUGGGUGGAUAAGGUGCAGAGAGACAUACCGAUACUAGGUUAUGUGAUUAACUACAAACGAGACCACGGUGACUGGGAGGAGAUCCACAUUGAGUCCAAGGCGGAAUCUCACAUCUUGACAAAUCUGUGGUGCGGCACACGCUACCAGCUCUACAUCACUGCCUACAACAAGAUCGGCACAGGUCUACCCUGUGAUAUUGUUAAUACCUUCACCAAGGGCACAGCCCCGGUGAUGCCCAAAGCCUCGCAGCUGUUGACGGUGAACUCCACGGCGGUGACGGUCUGGCUUGACGCCUGGGGGGAUGGAGGCUGUCCCAUCCUCUACUUCAUCGUGGAAUAUCGCGAGGAGGCCCGAGGCGACUGGACUCUCGUCUCCAACCACGUCCAGCCCACUGAGAGAGUUCACUCCAUCGGUAGUCUGGCCCCGGCCACCCGCUACUAUCUCAAGGUCACUGCCCACAACAACGCCGGCUCCAAAGUUGCAACUUACAACUUCACCACGCUGACUCCGGAUGGAGCCACGAUCAUGCCGGAGCUGCUCAGUCCUGUAAGUGUCAGCAGCAACUCACCUCUGUACACGAAUCUCAAGAUCACUGCCUGCGUCUUCCUUCUUCUUGCCAUUAUCUCACUCACUGCCUCCGCGUGGUUCUACGUCAGGAAACGAAGGUUAGAGAAGAACAAUUUGGCUGAGUCAGCGUCGGUGGCUCACAUGCAGAAUCAGCAGAACAGAGAUCAGCAGUACGCGGUACACGGCGGUCAGAGCGGCCAGCUCAGCAUCGACUCAGCAACGUACAAGACCGACUCCACAGAAUACAUAGAAGACAUCUGCCCUUACGCUACGUUCCAGCUCUCCAAGCAACCGUACAGCGAGAGUACGUACAGCGGUAACGUGUACAGCGGCCCGUACCACUCCGUACGUGGAUCCUUCGUCUACCACGAGCCCAAGGCCAGCGUGGCUGAUACGUACAAGCCUAAGCAUCAAAAAGAACCCGAGUACACGAAGGUCCGAAGAAAAGGAGGGCGGCUCCGAGAUCCUCACUCGGAAAGUCAGGAAUCAGACAACCUCGGCAGCACCGACUCCGAGGUCAAGAAGAUUCUAACGCUGCACCUGCCUAUUUCAGAGUACGACACCCUGGGCUCUGACAGCGAGGGUGACUCUCGCCACCACCACUCUGCCUCUCAGGAGCUCGGAAAGACCGGGGGCGAGGAGACGAGCUCCUCGUCUGAAACCUCUCCAAACGGCGCCCGUAAGGCUCUCCCCCCCUCCCGGAAGUCCAAGGGGAAGACCCAAGUGAUGGCCAAGAGGCCUGUGAAGAGCAGUAGCGGAUAUUCUUCCCACACCGAGGAGACCACAUUCAGUGCCGCUGAUAUCCUGACUCCACGCAGCGUCUGCUCCAGCUUCAGCGAGAGGAUCCACCCUCCCUCCCGGUUCUCGGACACGCGCGAGUUGAGCGAAGCUGAGUGCGAUAUGAAGAUGGGGAGGCGCUCUUCUCGAGGCAGCAUCGGUUCCAGACUCACCCGGGAGACAUCGUUCCAGAUAGACGUAUAGCCGGCAGCCCCCUUCGAGUUGGAACUGUAGACUGCCUAGAGACCACGUGGUGUCAACGGUGACGAGAACUCGGAACCACCAGAACUUUCUUUUAUAAUCUUAGAUACUUAAUGUUAUUUUUGUAAAGAAUGCCGCGAACACUUCUCACGCUUCAGAUAUCCGUUUGGGGAAAACGGAACGGCAUCAAUAAUGGCGGACGACAGGAAUCGUUCACCGCUUAUUUCGUCACAACGUAAGUGUUCAUAUAUAGAAAUAAAGGGACAUUGAUUUACUAUUUUUAUAAAACCAAAACGAUAACAAUAUACGGAAAGGAAUUCCAAGGCAAAACCAGUACUGACUACGUGCCAACACAAUGAAGAAUAUCGAUUAUUAAUUAGUUAGGUUAAGGUAUAUAGUUCUUUUACUAAAGCCCUUUUAGUGAUUGUAAAAAUUGUGUAACUAUAGUUAAGUUUUAGUGCUGUUAAGUGAAUCGUUAGGCAGAUUUUGUAUGAGUCUUCCUAAAUUAAUUGUAAAAAACAAAUUAUUUUCAAUAUAUUACAUUGCAAAGUUAAUUAGAAAAAGGAUAAUUUGUCAUAACUGGCAAUACAUAGAUUUUGUUAAAUUUUGUUGUAAUCUUUAAUUUAGUGAUGACAACUUUGUGUAAGAUAUCAUAGUUGACAAAGUGUAAGAACACGACAAAUCUUCCGAACUGUCACCGAUGCAAUCUUUUGCUAUCGUUAUAAAGACUAGACUUGUAAAUAAUAGUACGAACGGUCAAUGGUUAUGUUAACAUAUCACACGAACUGUACAACAGAAAGUGAUUCGAUUUAUAAGUGAUCUUACCAGACUGAACUGCAAGAACUGACUGAAGGUAGGACGCUACGUUCUGAGCUGUGAGGUAUAGAAGUGUCAGAAGGUUAAUUAUCAGAAUAUUUUUAUUCACAGCAACACAUACACUACUCUCUGUGUCCUAGCUUGAUUUGCAGAUGUCAGAGCUCGUGUGUCUCGAGAGUUGUAGAAACAGGCGUUAGAAUUUCACACGUUUCAAAUGGACGAACUAGCAAGCGAUCGAACUUUAGUAGAUGGAAAAUGUACAUUCUGUUACAUUAGUAGUGACAUCAUCAAAUAGUUACAACUCUCCAGACACACUUGGUCUUAAUGUUUCUUUAUCAGAUGUUACCAACUAAUAUAAUACGUGUAGAACUACUACUGGAUGUUAAGGUUGAUUAUGUUUAUCAUUUAUCGAGGUUGUUGGGAAGUCCACGAGCUGACCGUGCAGACGUUGAGGGCUCCAUGCUGAAUAUAGUACCUAAUUACAAAUGACUGUAAGUUUUGUUGAUAUUAUUAAAUAAAGAUGAUAUGUUUAGUUA